GCUGGGAAGAUUCAGUGAAGAGGCCGUUAAACGCUCUAUAGUGAUCACGACUGAUGAAGAGGCGAAAGCUAAUGAAUUCAUUCAACGAUUAACUGCUGAAUGUGGAGGACAUCUGCAGCUUGAUCAUGAAAUAAAGAGACCGUUCUCUGGAAUAUCGCAGCAAUUAGAGAAGAUACUCAGAGAGAACAAUGAAGAAUUUCUCACAUGUGACAUAUUUGAUGAUGCUGAAGAAACAUUGGUGGAUGAAGAUCAGAGCAGAUCGGAGAUGCAAGAGGAAGAUUCUGAUGAUGAUUCUGAUAAGAUGGGAAAAAUUCUUUGCCACUCACCGUUGAAAAGUUUGAGUAAUACAGAGCAAGGUCCAGAGUAUGAUCGCCUAAAGGGAAGUAUAAAUGUCACCAGAAAACUGAUCUUGGUGGUCUGUGGAUUUAAUGAAACCCUGAAGAAAUCCAUAUCAAAAUGUUUAAGAGGAAAAAAGAAGUUUUUUCCUUCCUUACAUCAAAAAGAGAAAGUUAAAGACUGUGUGAAGAAAGAGGGGAAGAUACACGGACGUAAGAUCAGUCUGGUGGAGCUUCCAGCUCUGACUCGGCUCUCGGAGGAGGAAGUGAUGCGUCAGACUCUCAACUGUGUGUCUCUCUGUGAUCCUGGAGUUCAUGUUUUCCUCCUCAUUGUUCCUGAUGCUCCACUGACUGAUGAAGAAAAAGCAGAAAUGGAGGAGAUCCAGAGAAGAUUCAGUUUAAGAAUCAACAAACACCUCAUGAUCAUUAUAAUCCAAGACAAGAACAUGACUACUCCAGUGAAUUUAGUUCCUUCUUCAGCUACUGAGACCUCUAUUCAGACUUUUGGAAAUCGACAGUUUGUUUUGGAGAACAACUCUCAGGUUCCAGCUCUACUGCAGGAGGUGGAGAACAUGAUAAAAAUGAACAAUGAAAGUUUGUACAUGACCUUCAUGUACUUGCAGGCUUGUGUAGAACUUGAGAGAAGUAAACAUAGAGCUGAAAUAGAGGAACUGAGAAGAUCUAUGAUGAAAACAGCAGGUUUAACACACUGUGUUGAUGAUCUGAGGAUUGUGCUGCUGGGAAAGACAGGUGCUGGGAAAAGUGCAACAGGAAACACAAUACUGAGAAGAAAAGCUUUUAAAUCAACAAUUGCAUCACGCUCGUUGACCAGAGAGUGUGAGAAAAAAACCUCUGAGUUCAACAGAAGACGGAUAACUGUGAUGGACACUCCAGGCCUGUUUGAUACUGGAGUUGAUAAUGUCGAGACCAGGAAGGAGGUUGUGAAGUGUGUCUCAAUGGCAGCACCUGGACCACAUGUGUUUCUGCUGGUGAUUCCAUUGGUACGAUUCACUCAAGAGGAGAAAGAUGCAGUGAAGAUGAUCCAGGACAUGUUUGGAGACAAAUCCAGAAUGUACACCAUGGUGCUUUUCACCAGAGGAGAUGAUCUUGAAGAAACAACAAUUGACGAAUUUAUUGAAGAAAAUUAUAUUUUAAAGAAUAUCAUCCAUCAGUGUGGAAAGAGAUACCAUGUGUUCAAUAACAAAGACACUAAAGAUCAGAUGCAGGUUUCUGAGCUGCUGGAUAAGAUUGACUGUAUGGUGGCAGCAAAUGGACGAAGUUUCUACACCAAUGAGAUGUUCCAGCAGGUGGAGAAGAACAUCAGAGAAGAGCAAGAAAGAAUCAUGAAAGAGCGAGAAGAAGAGAUCAAGAGAAAAGAAGAAGAGUUGAGAGCCAAAUAUGAAGCAGAAAUAGAAGAAAUUAAGAAAGAAAAUGAGAGAGAAAGACAAGAGAUGCUGAAUGAACUGAGAAAAAGUGAGGACGAAUUCAAAAAGAGAGAAGAAGAGAUCAAGAAAGAAAGAGAUGAGAAUCAACGAAAAGAGCUGCAGAGAAAACUAGAGGAGAAACAGAACAAAUUUGAAGAGGAGAAUAAAAGAAAAGAAAAUGCUUUAGCAGAACAACAGAACUUCAUAAAAUACCUGGAAGAAAAACAUGAGAAAGAAAAACAAAAACUACGGGAGAAAAUUCAGCAUGAAACAAGAGAACAAGCAGAGAAUGAAUUUGGUGAAAAACUCAACAAGGAAGUGGCAAAAGCUUUACAAGAAUAUGAGGAAGCAAUAUUAUCCAGAGGAAAACAAGCUCAUGGCUGGAGUCAGCAUGGAGGUUCUUUUGGAGCAGCUGCUGAAAUUAUUGUAAGUUCUUUUGAAGACGUUGUGAAUUUGAUUAUCAGAUUACAUCAUAAACAUCAAGCUCAAAAGAUGGGAAGCAGCAAUUGGUCAGUUUCUAGUCUGGUGUCUGAGAAGGAAGAAUUUCCAACAAUUAAAAUCAAGCAUGUUUUGUGUGUUUCAGUGGGUGAUCUGAGGAUUGUUCUUCUGGGGAAGAGCGUGUCAGAAAACAGUCGAGUGGGAAACUUCAUCUUAGGACGAGCAGCGUUUGACAGUGAAGCUCCUCCAGAUGUUGUAGAGAGAGUCGGAGGAAGAGGAGGAAGUUGUUACACAACCUUCAUGUACCUUCAGGCUCGAGUAGAACUGGAGAGAAACAAACACAGAGCUGAAAUAGAGGAACUGAGAAGAUCUAUGAUGAAUACUCCGUCAACAGCAGGUUUAACACACAAUUAUGUUGCUGCGAGGAUUGUGCUGCUGGGAAAGACGGGCGUUGGGAAAAGUGCAACGGGAAACACAAUACUGGGAAGAGAAGCUUUUAUAUCAAAACUGACUUCACGCUCCGUGACCAGAGAGUGUGAGAAAGAAACCUCUGAGUUCAACAGAAGACGGAUAACUGUGAUCGACACUCCAGGCCUGUUUGAUACUGGAGUUGAUAAUGUUGAGACCAGGAAGGAGAUUGUGAAGUGUGUCUCAAUGGCAGCACCUGGACCACAUGUGUUUCUGCUGGUGAUUCAACUGGGACGAUUCACUCAAGAGGAGAAAGAUGCAGUGAAGAUGAUCCAGGACAUGUUUGGAGACAAAUCCAGAAUGUAUACCAUGGCGCUCUUCACCAGAGGAGAUGAUCUUAGAGGAACAAGAGUUGAAGAUUUUAUUGAAGGUGAUGAUAGCUUGCAGUACCUCAUCAAGCAGUGUGGUCACAGAUACCAUGUGUUCAAUAACAAAGACACUAAAGAUCAGACGCAGGUUUCUGAGCUGCUGGAUAAGAUUGACUGUAUGGUGGCAGCAAAUGGAGGGAGUUUCUACACCAAUGAGAUGUUCCAGCAAGCAGAGAUGUCCAUUAAGAAGAGAAUGGAGGAAAUAAUGAAAGAGAGAGAAAAAGAGAUUCAGGCACAAAAUGAAGCAUUACAAGCCAAAUAUGAGCUGGAUAUGAAAAACCUGAUGAAGAGACUCGAGGAAGAGAAGCAAAGAGCAGAUGAGGAGAGAAUGAAGAUGCAGAAUCAACUGAGAGAAAAAGAGGAAAAACUCAGAAAAGAGUUUGAAGAGAAAGAAAAAACAGAAUGGAAGAAACGAGAGAUUGAAAACCAGAAACGAUCAGAAGAGGAAAAACUAAGAGCUGAAUAUUAUCAAAAAAUAGAAGAAAUGAAGAGAGAGAUUGAAAAUCAGAGAUCACAGUAUGAAAAACAGCAAAAAGAAAGAGAAGAAGAAGAUAGAAAGAGAGAAGAGAAAUACAGACGAGAUCAAGAAAAGAUGAGAACUGAACAAGAACAUGUUAUAACACAGUUAAAGAUAAAAGAAGAAGAAGAAAUAAAAAAGAGAGAAUCUGAGCAGAAAAGGAGGAAUGAAGAAGAAGAGGAGGACAGACAGAAAUGGAAAAGAAAAAUAAAAGAUGCUGAAAAUGACAGAAAAGAGACUCAAGAGGAAAUUAAACGACAGCAGAGAGAAUGGGAGGAUGACAAGAAACGACAGAUGAGAGAACGAGAGGAAGAGGAAAGAAAGAGAAAAGAGAAACAUGAGGAACAACUGAGAGAAAAACAAGAAGAACUGGAGAAAAUGAGAAAGAGAUUUGAAAGAGAGAGAGAAGAAGAACGACAGAAGAUAGAAGAGGAGAGACAGAAACAGAGAAGAGAAAGAGAAGAAAAAGAGAGAGAAUAUGAACAAAAGAAAACUGAAAUUGAAAGACAUUAUGAACGACUGGAACGAGAGAGAAAAGAGGAGUGGGAGAGAAGAAAACAAGAAGAUGAUGAGAGACGAGAAGAAGAGAGAAAGAGAUGGAAGAAAAUGAUUGCAUAUCUGAAACAAGAACGAGAAGAAGAGAUCAAGAGAAGAGAAAGAGAGGAGGAGAGAAAAGAAAGAGAAGAGAAAGAGAGAGAUGAAAUGAAACAGAAACAUGAAGAGGAAAUAAAAGUCGUGAAGAAGAAACAUAAAGAUGAAGCCAGAAAACAAGCAGAAGAGUUUAAUGAGUCGAAAGAAAGAAAACUGCAGCACGUUCAGGAGCUCACAGAGAUGCUUAAAGAACGUCAAGAACAACAUGAACUACUGGAAAAACUCUAUCAGCACCUGAAAGAGCAGCAAGGAGAAGAAAUAAAAGAGCUGGAACUUGUAGUUGAAAAACUGAAAAAUAAGUCACGCUGUGUCAUUCUGUGAAUUUAUUUAAGCAUAAAGUCAAGACAAUAUUACUGUAAUGCCUCAGUUUUAUUUUGUAUAGUUACUUAACUGAAGCUUUUGUUCUGUGAUUAUUUUUGCAAUUUCUGGAUUCUAUUUGAUUGGAAUUUUAAUUUAAAAAAAUCUCAAGACCUUGUUAAAUAUGUACUGUAAUAGGCAAAAAAAAUAGAGUUUAAUUUGAUGUGUUCAAAUGCCUAGAAAUGUUACUUCAAUGAACAAGAAAGAGAAUAUAUAUUUUAACAAUGUCUUGAGAUUUAUAUUUAUUUUUCAAUCAAAUUCCAAUCAAAUAGAAUAGCAGAAGAGUAGACAAGCUUUGGGACAUACUAUCGCGUCAUAAAUUUGGUUCUUUAAUGGAUGUUAUUAACACGCAUCCUGUCACAGUAUACUGGCCUGUCAAUCAUCUUGUUACAGUUAACAUCCUCCACAUUUCAUUUCAUUUAAUUACCUACCAUAAAGGAGAGAAAAGAAGUAGCACAUUAAUCUGCCAGCCGUGGGCCUUUCAUGC